CCGUCACCGGCUGCCGGCCGGCUUCCAUUCUCCGGUUAUGUCAUCACUGCACGACCCUUUAAAUUGCAAAUCCUUUUCUUGGUAAACCGGCGAAGUGAAUUUUUAGCAUGUACCACCCACGCAUUUGCGAAAAUAAAGCAUAGCACGGGAAACGCCAUAAUUGCUAAGACUUAACGAAUUUCAAAAAUGGGUAAAGAAAAGGUUCAUAUUAACAUUGUCGUCAUUGGCCAUGUCGACUCCGGCAAGUCUACGACGACCGGUCACUUAAUUUACAAAUGUGGGGGCAUCGAUAAGCGUACGAUCGAAAAGUUCGAAAAAGAAGCGCAGGAGAUGGGCAAGGGCUCGUUCAAGUACGCGUGGGUCCUCGACAAACUCAAGGCGGAACGCGAACGCGGUAUCACAAUCGAUAUCGCGCUGUGGAAAUUCGAAACCGCCAAGUACUACGUGACAAUCAUCGACGCCCCCGGUCACAGAGAUUUCAUUAAGAACAUGAUCACGGGUACGUCUCAGGCCGAUUGCGCCGUGCUCAUCGUCGCCGCCGGUACCGGUGAGUUCGAGGCGGGCAUUUCGAAAAACGGGCAGACUCGCGAGCACGCGUUGCUCGCGUUCACUCUGGGCGUGAAGCAGCUGGUGGUCGGCGUUAACAAGAUGGACUCCACCGAACCGCCGUACUCCGAGACUCGCUUCGAGGAAAUUAAAAAGGAGGUCUCCUCGUAUAUUAAGAAGAUCGGUUAUAAUCCGGCGAGUGUGGCCUUUGUUCCGAUCUCCGGAUGGCACGGAGACAACAUGCUGGAGCUCUCCGACAAAAUGCCGUGGUUUAAGGGGUGGAAUAUUGAGCGUAAAGAAGGUAAAGCCGACGGUAAGACUCUGAUUGAAGCUUUGGAUGCGAUUAUGCAGCCUAGUCGUCCCACUGACAAGCCACUACGGCUUCCGUUACAGGACGUUUACAAAAUUGGUGGUAUCGGUACUGUGCCGGUCGGUAGAGUGGAGACCGGCAUUCUGAAGCCUGGCAUGGUGGUAACUUUCGCGCCAGUUGGCCUAACCACCGAGGUAAAGUCUGUGGAAAUGCAUCAUGAGGCUUUACAAGAGGCUGUGCCCGGUGAUAACGUCGGUUUCAACGUUAAGAAUGUGUCUGUUAAAGAACUGAAGCGUGGUUUUGUCGCUGGCGAUUCCAAGAAUAACCCGCCCAGAGGAGUCUCUGAUUUUACUGCACAGGUCAUCGUGCUAAACCAUCCCGGUCAAAUCGCCAACGGUUACACGCCAGUAUUGGACUGUCACACGGCUCACAUCGCGUGCAAGUUUGCCGAAAUCAAAGAGAAGUGCGAUCGCCGUACCGGUAAGACGACCGAGGAAAAUCCGAAGGCGAUCAAAUCGGGCGACGCGGCGAUCGUCAAUCUGGUUCCUAGCAAGCCGAUGUGCGUCGAGUCCUUCCAGGAGUAUCCGCCUUUGGGUCGGUUUGCCGUGCGCGAUAUGCGUCAGACCGUCGCGGUCGGCGUCAUAAAGUCGGUGUCGUUUAAGGAUACGGCCGGCAAGGUUACAAAGGCCGCCGAAAAAGCACAAAAGAAGAAAUAACUAGGCUUAGUCAGCACCGUGUCGAGCGUCAAGAACAUCUUCAUCGCUAAUUGGUAUUUGUUGCUUUUUUCUAGGUGGCUUCAACAAAAUUAUUUUCAUCGGAAGGAAUUCCGAAGGAAAGGAUUUCAGGGUUAUUUUGAAUAUUUAGAGUUAUUUAAUUAUUAUUUAUGAUCCUAGUUUUUCACUUAGUUUUUAUAUUAUUUAUCACUUUGUUUAGUUUGAGACGUGCGAGUAUUAGAUUUAAGUAUUUUCAUUGAUUGAUUACCUGUGGUAUUGUUUGUUAUUACUACUGCUACUACUCUGAUGAUGAUAGACUUGAUCCCUAUAUAUGUUACCAAGUAAAAGCUUCUGUAAAUAUUCAAUAAAGAAGCUUAGAGUAUC